CGCUCGCCGCCUGCGGAGCCUGAGCCCGGCCGCCGCAGCCGCGGGGGCUCGGUGCCCGCCCGGUGCCCGCCGUGCCCGCCGUGCCCGCCCGGACGCGCGGCCGGGCGGCGAUGGCGCGAGGAGACGCCCCGCACGACAGCUACCACCUGGUCGGGAUCAGCUUCUUCAUCCUGGGGCUGGGCACGCUGCUGCCCUGGAACUUCUUCAUCACCGCCAUCCCGUACUUCCAGGGGCGGCUGGCGGGGGCCAACAUCACCUCCGGAAGCCUGGGCACCAACCACACAGGCCCCGCAGACGCCUUCAACUUCAAUAACUGGGUGACGCUGCUGUCCCAGCUGCCUCUGCUGCUCUUCACUCUGCUCAACUCCUUCCUGUACCAGUGCGUCCCCGAGACGGUGCGGAUCCUGGGCAGCCUGCUGGCCAUCCUGUUCCUCUUCGCCCUGACCGCGGCCUUGGUGAAGGUGGACAUGAGCCCCGGCCCCUUCUUCUCCAUCACCAUGGCCUGCGUCUGGUUCAUCAACUCUUUCUGCGCCAUCCUGCAGGGCGGCCUCUUCGGGCAGCUGGGCACCAUGCCUUCCACCUACAGCACCCUCUUCCUCAGCGGCCAGGGCCUGGCUGGCAUCUUCGCCGCCCUCGCCAUGCUUCUGUCCAUGGCCAGUGGUGUGGACGCACAGACCUCGGCGCUGGCCUACUUCGUCACCCCCUGCGUGGGCAUCCUGCUGUCCAUCGUGUGUUACCUGAGCCUGCCCCACCUGGAAUUUGCUCGCUAUUACCUGGCCAGGACGCCGGCGCAGGCCCAAGGGCAGGAACUGGAGACCAGAGCGGAGCUUCUCCAGCCAGAUGAGAAGAACGGGAUUCCCGGCAGCCCCCACAAGGCGGUCCUAACUCUGGACCUUGACAAGGAGCCCGAGCUGGAGCCCCAGGAGCCGGAGAAGCCGGGAAAACCAUCCGUCAUCCUGGUCUUCCGCAAGAUCUGGCUGACAGCUCUGUGCUUGGUGCUGGUCUUCACAGUCACUCUGUCUGUCUUCCCGGCCAUCACCGCCAUGGUGACCAGCUCCACCAGCCCCGGGAAGUGGAGUCAGUUCUUCAACCCUAUCUGCUGUUUCCUGCUCUUCAACGUCAUGGACUGGCUGGGCCGGAGCCUCACCUCCUACUUCCUGUGGCCCGACGAGGACAGCCGCCUGCUGCCGCUGCUGGUGUGUCUGCGCGUCCUCUUCGUGCCGCUCUUCAUGCUGUGCCACGUGCCCGAGCGCUCGCGGCUGCCCGUGCUCUUCCCGCAGGACGCCUACUUCAUCACCUUCAUGCUGCUCUUCGCCGUGUCCAAUGGCUACCUGGUGUCCCUCACCAUGUGCCUGGCGCCCAGGCAGGUGCUCCCGCACGAGAGGGAGGUGGCCGGCGCGCUCAUGACCUUCUUCCUGGCCCUGGGGCUCUCCUGCGGGGCGUCCCUCUCCUUCCUCUUCAAGGCGCUGCUCUGACCUGCCCGCUGGGGGUCCGCACUGCUCUAUGGGGCGAGCCCCCCGGGGUCUCGACCCUCCGCCAGAUGGAGCCGACC